UGAGUUAUAUUUCCUCCAACAUGGUUGCUAUAUAUGUUCACAGUCCGGUGACAAGCAAAGAUGAGCAUCCCUUCUGACCCCCAAACUCCAGCCGAGUGGCUGCAGUACUCCCAGAGUGAGAUUGUCUCUUCGAUUCCACUGAGAGAGGAGCAUAGAACCGAACAGAAAACUAACAUCGAGCGAGCUGUAUAUCUGGACGAAUCGAAGAUCGAGAGUCCAGCGGACCAGCUGCUGUACCUCUACACCGACGUCUUUGCGUUCACCAAAUCAGAGGUCACCAUCGCCCCUCAAGCUUAUGCAGAGAUCCAAUUAAUCGCAAGGGUCCUCACAGCGGACACGCCCGUCAAUUUGAAAUUCAUUCCUGAUACGGGCUACCACACAUACAUCUACGCAUCGGUCAUCGACCAGCCGAUCUCGGUGUCUCUGGGAAAUGACAGUUCAGAACCACUUCUUCUCAAGCUCGGUUCCGCCACAGGAAUUGUCGGGGUGAAGCUAACCGUGUUUCCAGAUCACAUAGUUCCUACAUACCAGACGGCCUAUGUCCGCGUAGUGGAUGUGGAUCUCCAGGCGAGCCUUGACACUCAGCUGCGCGUUGCUCUGGCGCUGUUCUGGAGAAACACAUCCUUGGCUAUUUCCAUCUGCUCAUACGUUGCUUCCCUCACAUCUAAUCCUGCUUUGAGCGCCUAUUCCAGGAUCAAUGCCCAAGCAGGAGCGCUGGGCCAGCAGCUGGCCGCCCAGGCCAUGACAGGGCCUGAUAUGGGCUAUGCACCUGUGCUGCAGGUCGACCAGUACAUGUCUACCGUGCAUGAUGCGCUUGACGCGGUCUCGGCGUUUGAGGACCAAUACCAGCGGUUUCAAGAUAACGAACAAAAUGUAGAAAACCUGAAGCUAGCAUGGAGCAGCUUGCUUGAUCAUGCGCAGAGCCAAUUAACCCAAGACACUAUUCUCCGAACAGCCGCCUGGACUAAGUACCAGGAUGCUUGCACGGUGGUGGCCCGCUCCCAGGAGCAGAUGAACGCCGAUAACAAGGAGGUUGAUAAUGCCAAGUCUGCAUUUUUGGAAGGGCUCGAAGCGUGGAUUGCAAGGACCAUUCUCUUUGCGGCGUAUGAAACCCUGAGUGCCAUCGUCAAAUUUACCAAUGCAAUUGGUGUACUUAGUCUAGGAUUCAAAUCCAGCCUUGGAGAUGCCGCAAAGGAUAUCAAAGACGCAAUCAACGAUGUGAGGAAAGCAGAGAAAGGCUUAGACCAGACGGGCAAGACAAUAUCCUCCGCGACACUCGAAAACCUAGGAGAAUGCAUGCAAGCUCUAGAGAGCCUUUAUCCCAGCACAGCAGACUUGGUUGCGGCCAUUAAGAAACUCGAGUCGGACCCUCACGCAGAUAUACCGUCCUCUGCUACUGUCACGGGCAGCAGCGACGGGGAUGCUGACGCACGAACAAUCAUAACGCUGGCGGCAUGGGACAAAUGGGGUCUUGAAGCUGACAAGCAGUUGGCGUAUGCAGUUGGCCAGUCUAUUACUGGAGCGAGCGCAUACCAACUCGCUCUGCGUAAGCAGGCUGUUGAUGGAAAGGCAUUAGCCCAAGCCCAGGCGGAGGCUGUCAAGGCGGGCCACGAGUACACUCAAGCGGCGAUCGAGGUCAUAGCCUGCAAUCAAGACAUUGAUACUCUAAAGAACCUGCUAGAUACAUAUACCGAGGAAAAGGAGCAGUAUGCCCAAGCUAAAGCCAAAUUCUUUGACCGCUUCCUGCAAAUCCGCACGAGCCUUAUCCUGCAGAUGCAGAAGCUGGUCUGGGCCUACAAAUACCGCGCUUUGGCGGACAGUUCGGUUACACUUGAUUCGCAGGAACCCACUGGGGAGUUCGAAAACUAUCUGCUCACUCUUGACUCGGAGAUUCAAGCCGCGGAUGAGAGAUACGCCACAGAUUUCCAACCGUUCGAAUAUAAGCAACCAUGUAGUAAGCUGCCCGCCAACUACGGCGAUCUAAUGAUCCAGGGCCUACAGGGAGAAAGCCACAGCGCCAGUUUCACACUUGCGCCGACAACUGAUUCCAGCGACAAUAACAGCUUCGCCAGCUUAUUCAAUGAUGGAUCGCACUUUCGUCUGGAAGGUCUCGAGACCUUCUUGCAGGGUGUUGUUCCCCGGGCCGAAGCCAUCAGUGAUGGAGUCGCACAUGUGAACAUCGAUAUUUUAACUUCGGGAGUAUAUGCAGACAUUCAAGAUGGCAAGAUCUUCCAUUUCACCAGUCUACCAAGACAGGUGCGACUUACCUAUGAGAUUGACGAAUUGGGUGCCAUAGGUGAUACACUGGUGCACGCGACCUACCCAACUAAAGAACACGCCGAGCCGACUCCGUUCACUCAAUGGACGAUUCGAUUGCUGAAUCCUGAUGACUUGGAUUUGACCAAGCUGACCGGGGUGCAACUUCAUUGGAAGGGAAGUGUGAGAUUUGUUGGGAAUUUGUCUGCUCCUAGUACCUGAUGUGAGAUGCUGUUGGCUAGAUGAUCUUAUAUCGUGGCACUUUGCGAGGAUGACAGGAAG